CCAAAAAGGAGGUUUGAGGACAGAGCGAGCAAUAUACGCAGUAUGCAAAUACUAGAGACUUGCCAUGGCUGGAGUUUUGAGGCAAAUGUCAAUGCCAAUGCCAAUGCCAAUGCCGAGGCAAGCCUUGAGCCACCACCACCAAAUGCCGAGGCAAUCUCUCAACCACCUUCUUCUUCUCCAUCUCUUCUUACUCUUUCUCACACUAACAAACCCUCCUCUUUCUUCUUCCUCUUCAAACAAUAAUAAUAAUGAAGCUCUAGCUUUGCUUUCAUGGCUCAAAAACGGUUCCUCCAAAACUCCUUCACCACUCUCAGACUGGAACCUUCGAGACCCUACACCAUGCAACUGGUCCUGCGUCAAAUGCUCCGUAGACAACCACGUCAUAGAGAUAAACAUUCAAGCUAUACAGUUAGCCCUUCCUUUUCCUUCAAACCUCUCUUCUUCCCUUCCCUUUCUUCGAAAACUCGUCAUCUCCGGUGCCAAUCUCACCGGACCUAUCUCCCCGGAUAUCGGAUACUUCGCUUCGCUUUCUGUUCUUGAUCUCAGCUCAAAUGCUCUUGUUGGUUCCAUUCCUUCGACCAUUGGAAACCUCAAGAACCUUCAAAACUUAACCUUAAACUCAAACCAGCUCACAGGUCCAAUCCCAAAGGAGAUUGGUGACUGUGUUAGCCUGAAGAAUCUCAAUGUUUUCGAUAAUAGCCUCAGCGGCGAGCUUCCAGUUGAGCUUGGAAGCCUUUUGAAUCUUGAAACGAUAAGAGCUGGAGGGAACAAGGACAUUGUUGGGAAGAUUCCAGAAGCUAUUGGUAACUGCAAUAAUCUAACCGUUUUAGGCCUUGCAGAUACCAAGGUUUCGGGUUCGUUACCUUCUUCGUUGGGAAAACUAUCCAUGCUUCAAACUAUCUCAAUUUAUAGUACUAUGCUUUCCGGUGAGGUUCCAGCUGAGAUUGGAAACUGUUCUGAGCUUGUGAACUUGUUUCUUUAUGAGAACGAUCUCUCCGGUUCGAUUCCGAAGGAGUUAGGGAAGCUCCAGAAGCUUGAAAAGAUGCUGCUAUGGCAGAACAGUUUCUUUGGCAGCAUACCCAAAGAAAUUGGAAACUGCAUAAGCUUGAAGAUUCUUGAUGUCUCCUUGAACUCUCUCUCAGGAACAAUACCGCGAAGUUUGGGGAAUCUUUCGAACCUCGAAGAGCUUAUGCUGAGUAACAACAACAUUUCAGGUUCAAUUCCUGAAGUCCUUUCAAACUUGACGAACCUUGUUCAGUUGCAGUUAGAUACAAAUGAGAUUUCCGGUUCAAUUCCACCGGAGAUCGGAAAACUAGAGAUGCUUGAAGUUUUUUUUGCAUGGCAGAACAAGCUCGAAGGAGCGAUUCCUUUGGCGUUAGGCGGUUGUAGAAGCCUUCAAGCUUUGGAUUUAUCAUACAAUUCACUCACUGGUGGAUUACCUCCAAGUUUGUUUCAGCUUCAGAACUUAACAAAGCUUCUCCUUAUCUCGAACCAAAUCUCCGGCCAAAUUCCAGCAGAGAUUGGUAACUGCAGCUCCCUUGUUCGCCUCCGGCUCGUUAAAAACAGAAUCACAGGCCAGCUUCCAAGUGAAAUUGGAUUCCUUAACAACCUCAGCUUCCUUGAUCUCUCUGAAAAUCAUCUUACAGGGUUAGUACCAGAGAAUAUCGGUAACUGCAAGGAACUUCAAAUGCUCAACCUUAGCAAUAACUCGCUUUCCGGCGCUUUGCCGAGUUCUUUAUCCUCUCUUACAAGGAUUGAAGUCAUGGAUGUCUCGAUGAACAAUUUCUCCGGCGAGUUUUUGAUGAACAUUGGCGAACUGGCUUCUCUGCUUAGAAUCAUUGUUAGGCAAAAUUCGUUCUCCGGAUCGAUUCCCUCUUCGAUUGGACGGUGUUCUGGUCUUCAGCUUUUAGACCUUAGCAGCAAUAAAUUCUCAGGAAGCAUACCAGAAGAACUAUUCGAAAUCGAAGCGCUAGACAUUGCUCUUAACUUGAGUCACAAUGCAUUGUCUGGAAUAGUUCCGCCUCAGAUUUCGGCUUUGAAUAAGUUGUCUAUUUUGGACAUUUCGCAUAAUUUGCUUGAAGGAGACUUGUUAGCAUUUGCAGGGCUUCAAAAUCUUGUUUCUAUGAAUAUCUCAUACAAUAAAUUCUCCGGUUAUUUACCGGACAGCAAGCUAUUCCGCCAGUUAUUGCCGACGGAUUUCGAAGGGAAUCAAGGCUUGUGUCCCAACGGCCAUGAUUCUUGCUUCAUCAGUAAUGCUGCAAUGACAACAAUGCUGCAUAGUACUAAUUCCAAGAGGUCACAGAGAAUCAAACUCGCAAUCGGACUUCUAAGCGCUUUGAUUGUUGCAUUGGCAAUAUUUGGAAUCGCGACAAUCAUUCGAGCGAGGAAAGUUGCUCAAGAUGGCAAUGAUUCUGAGAUUGGAGGAAACUCGUUGCCGUGGCACUUUACGCCGUUCCAAAAGCUCAAUUUCUCGGUUGAUCAAGUCUUGAAGUGUUUGGUAGAGUCCAACAUAAUUGGAAAGGGAUGUUCAGGAGUUGUUUACAAAGCCGAAAUGGAAAACGGCGAUGUCAUCGCUGUGAAGAAGCUCUGGCCAACGACAAUGGCUUCAAGAUAUGACUGCCAAAGUGACAAGCCGGCGAGUAACUGUGGAGUUCGCGAUUCCUUCUCGGCCGAGGUGAAGACACUCGGCUCGAUUCGCCACAAGAACAUAGUGAGGUUCUUGGGCUGCAGCUGGAACAGAAACACAAGAUUGCUCAUGUAUGACUAUAUGCCUAAUGGGAGUCUUGGAAAUCUACUCCAUGAAAGAAGUAACUGCCUGGAAUGGGAUAUCAGAUACCGGAUUAUACUUGGCGCGGCGCAGGGCUUGGCUUACUUGCAUCAUGAUUGUGUUCCUCCCAUUGUUCAUAGGGACAUCAAGGCCAAUAAUAUCCUCAUAGGCCCUGAAUUUGAACCAUAUAUAGCUGAUUUUGGACUCGCCAAGCUUGUGGAUGAUGGCGAUUUCGCACGAUCUUCUAGUACAUUGGCUGGUUCCUAUGGCUACAUUGCUCCUGAGUAUGGCUACAUGAUGAAAAUAACAGAGAAAAGUGAUGUCUACAGCUAUGGUGUUGUUGUACUAGAAGUACUAACAGGGAAGCAACCAAUUGAUCCAACAAUACCAGAAGGAGUCCACAUUGUUGAUUGGGUGAGACAAAAGAGAGGCGGAAAGGAAGUCCUCGACGAGAGCCUUCGUGUCCGGCCGGAAUCCGAACUUGAGGAGAUUCUGCAGACAUUAGGUGUGGCUUUCUUGUGUGUUAAUCCAAGCCCUGAUGACAGGCCAACCAUGAAAGAUGUAGCAGCAAUGCUUAAAGAAAUUAGGCAAGAAAGAGGAGAGUAUAUGAAAGUUGACAUGAUUCUGAAUGGAUCUUCAGCAAAUGAUCAACAAGGAAGCAGUAAUCAUUCACACACAUACCCAAUUAGUAGCAGCAGCAACACAAAUUUUUCUGCAUCUAUGUUUAUUUCUCCAUCAUCAUCCAAUAGUAAAGUUACUUUCAAAUAGUAAUAGUUUCAAUAAUGUGAUAUUGUGAUUAUGCAAGUUUUCCUUAGCAAGAGUUGUUCC